AAAAUUGCAAAAUCCAAUAUGGCGGCCAUUAGAAAAAAGAAAGUUGAUGCAGGUUUCGGGAAAAUAAAAUACGAUUGAGACAUGUCAUACACGCUAUCUUAUUUGCCUUAAAAAAAUUGUCACAUUUUGACAGGUUGGUGUCAAAUUAACCGUUUCGGAUUUAUUGGCAAAAAACAAAAUUCGCAUUUUCGGUUUUUCGCCGAUAUUUCCAAAACCAAUUGACCGAUCGUUAAUCUGAAGCUGGCUAUCAAAUUCAAUAAGUUUCAUCUAAAACUUCCCCCAUUUAACCUUUUCUGUAGGUAUAACAGGAUCCGGGACCCCUGUAUAGAGAAGCGAAACUAGAACACACUAUAUUUUCGAAGUAUGCCUUGUAAUACUUUUAAAUCCCUCAAAGUAGUCGUCUGGAUGGAGUUAUAUUGGCUUGUGACAAUGAGAAACAAAAAUGGAAAUUUAGGAUUGAGGAACUGAGGAAUACCUACAUUCCGUCAAAAACCGCAAUGGGAAUCUCUACGGAUGCUCAAAGAAGUGGCAAUACUAGCUACUGUCGCAGCAUAGAAGCACUGACACAAAUAGUAAUGCACAGAACAAUGCACCCAUACAAACGUUUUGACUUUCCAUUCCGAUUUUCUAAUGAAUAUCAGAAACAGCAGGAGGCUUUGAAAGUAGUAGACGCAUUUUACGAAGAAAUCAUCAGAAGUAAGAGAGAAGCUUAUUCCGAGUUACCUGAAGAGGACGAAGCGUCAAAACAAAACUUUUUGGAUCAAUUAUUGCGAUACCAAGAAAAUGGGGAAGCGCUUUCCGAUAAGGACAUCAAGGACGAAAUCAACACCUUUGUUCUUGGCGGUCACGAUACUACAGCCACUGCCUUGUCGUUCACUCUGUAUUGCUUGGCUAGACAUCCGGAGGUCCAGGAGAAAAUAUUGGAAGAGCAAGAAAAGAUAUUUGGCAGCUUGGAAAAUGAACCACAAACGACAUAUGCUGAUCUUCAAGAGAUGAAAUAUAUGGACGCAGUAAUAAAUGAAUCAAUAAGAGUAUUUCCACCAAUACCUAUGAUUGGAAGGAAGCUAACAGGUGACAUACAACUAGAUUCGUAUCUGGUGUAUGUGGAUCGCGGUACGGUCGAUGGGUGUCUGUGUUACGCAGUCGAUAGUCGCUGCCGUACUGCCAUGGAUAACGAAUCUCAAGAUAAUGGAUUAACUUUACCAGACACCAUGAGUGUUGUAUGUGCACUCUAUGCAUUACAUCAUAACCCAAAAUACUUUUCUGACCCGGAGAAAUUUGAUCCUGAGAGGUUUGUGAAAGACGAAAUUUUACCUCAUACUCAUCUCCCUUUUAGCACAGGUCCGAGAAACUGUAUAGGGAAGAAAUUUGCAAUCUUGCAAAUAAAAAGCUGCAUUUCGAAGAUCGUCAGACACUUCAAACUGUUACCAUCAGUUCCAGAAUACGACCCAGAGUUAGUAUGCCAGAUAACCUUGGCUUCACAAAACGGAAUCAGGAUUUCCUUACAGAAAAGGAACAGAUAAUUGUUUAUUACGUUCUACGAGGUAGCCUUUCAGCAUAAUUUCAAUAUUGGCGUUCAUUAGAACAUAUCGCUACUAGAGGCUCAAGCUGGGUCAAAUCGUUCCAUGGUUGCAAUUCCGGUCUCGGAAUCGGUAUUUCGAUUCCGGCUCCGGAAUCGAUUCCUUCCAUUCGUUUUCGAUCCCAAUUAACUGCAAUUGCAACGGAACGAAAUCAAUGCAACACAGCCGGCUGUGAUGUAGUGCGUUACCUUUAUCUAGAACUCCGAGGCAGACGCAAUGCUGGAUGGUAUGAUUUUGAUACCAUUGGGAAUCGAGCUUACCGUAAUGAUAAAAAAGCCUGCCAUGUUUUCUAUAAAUGUCUAUUAUAAAUUUGCUUCUAUUCCUCUAAAUCUGUGUUUCUGGGUAAUCAGAAUUGUUUAGUGCAACACUGCGAACAGCACAGGAAGACAGAUUUGGUAAUUACGGAUAACCUGCCUUCUACCAUUUUUAAAAGACAAAAACUUAACAGAUAUACAUAAGUUUUCGUGGUGUCUAGGUCAAAAUAUUAAAAAAAAGCAUACGAAACUCAAAAGGUUGCAUUUGUAUAAGUAGUUUUUGAGUGAAAUUUGCUCAUUAAAGAUAUGGUGUUUCAAAAACCUCCUCACACUGAAUGUGACAAACUGUAAAGUAGUCACAUAUUGUAGGAAACAAAAUGCUUUAUGAUGAUUACAUUAUUAAUAAGGUAAGGUUAGAAAGGAGUAACAGUUAUAAAGACCUAGGAGUUACAUUUGAUGCAAAGUUUACUUUUAAUGCUCACAUAAAUAACCUUGAUCGUCUGCUCCCCGAAUGCUAGAGUACCUACUGUGUUAGAAAAAUGGUUAGAAACUAGUCAGGUUUCUCGAAUGUUGAAAUAAUCAAGCUUUUAUAUCUAAAAUGCGUAAGAAACAAGCCUAAAUUAUCUUAUCUGGGCAUCUAUUUAUUAAAGCUAUUAGCAGAUUGAUAUCUAUUCAAUGAAGAACAGUAAAUCAUAUAUUUUUUAACGCAGUUGUUUAUAUCCACAAAGAGGCUUCCGCCAUAAUGUAUUACUCGAAACUUUCGAUACCAAACCGCUUGAAGUGCACCGAAAUAAAACUACAAUGUAAUAAGUGAGUGAAUACAACGAUCGUCGAUCAACCAAUUCAUAUUUGUGUGCAAGAGCGAGUAGCAGCUUUGUUAGUGUAAUUUCCCUUAGGGACGUUUCGUACGGUAUUGUGACGGAAAGCCAAAAAUCGUGAAAAGAACUAUUACAAUUGAACUAACUGGUAGCUGAAAUAUAUACGUAUUAAGAAUACCCUAAUCUGUUUCAACAGACGAAUUGCUGAAAGUUAUGUGAUAUUGUACUGCUUCGGUCUUUUUGGGCCGAAAGCGGAAUUUGUAGCCGAAGGCCGGUCCCUAUAAAACCACCUGCUAUUUAUCUAGCAGUGGUGGGUUCUGGCACCUGUGCUGUCGUAUUCCGGUGCAAAAACCGUGUUGAGGUGUACAUACAGGGUGACUUUGAAGUUGAGUCAUUAAUUUUCAGAUAAUGAUUGUAGAAGGGAGAUAAACCAAAAUAUGUGUGUAAAAAUAAAAAAAAAUGUUACCUUGUUUUAUAAAGUAUCCUCCCGACAAGUACUUCAGUGCGGACCUGUAUUUGAUCGUGUGGUCUUGGAGCACCGGCAUGCCCUCCCCUGUGAGGUUUUAAGUCACCUGAUUCACGAGCCCUUUGUACUACAUUAACAAAGGCACGAGGGGUUGGUUGCACACGAUUGGGAAACCGAUCCGCAUAAAUCCGUGAUGCCGCAGCAGCAUUUUUUAAAGACUCCCCCCCACCGUAAAUAAGAAUCAUGUCCACAAGUUCAGCAUUUUCGUAAACAUGUGCCAUUUUUUAUUUCGUUUGAGCCACGCAACAAACACCACUAUUCACUCACGCGUUACCGACUGACACAUUGACUGAAUACAACUGAAUGAAAUUGUAGUAAAAACAUCGUGAUAAGCGUUUCAAAUUCUUUCGUUUUUUUGUUUCCGAUGCGAUGAACCGAUAAGGCGGAUUAUAUCCGUUGUUGCCAAACACGAGCACAUAAUAUUAUUAUUGAGACAGGGCGGUACUCAAACUUCUAAAGGGCUAUAACUUUGUUACUUUAAUUUUACAACAAAAAUGUUAAAGGAAAAACAUUUCCUUUGAUCAGAUCUCCUCACUGUUAAAAUAAAUGACUCAACUUCGAAGUCACCCUGUAUAAACGUAGUAAUGUCAUUGCCAGAGUGAUUGCUUGAGUAGCGCUAUAUUCUGCGGCUAAUGUAGAUAUGAGAUAAACUGUCAUAUACUUUUUUUAUUUAUAGCCAUAUAUUGUUAAAGUAAAGAAAUAAGGGUUAUUAUAUGCAUCGUUGCUUUAUAUUUUAUUUCAAAUGAUCCAAUGACAAGUUGUGCAUAAUUACAUUAUGGUCAAUCAAUGAUUAUUAUAUUCAAAAAUUACAUAAGAUAACAUUCAACAAUUAUUAGUAUAAUGCUAGUUAACACCUAAUACAAAUAUACUU